AGGUCUGCUUGGCUUUGAGGAAGAGCUGCAAUAAAGCCUCAUUGCAUAAGGGAUGGGAUCAGAGAACAGUGCUUUAAAAAGCUACACACUGAAAGAACCACCAUUCACCUUACCUUCUGGACUUGCUGUUUAUCCAGCUGUACUGCAAGAUGGCAAAUUCGCUUCAGUGUUUGUGUAUAAGAGAGAGAACGAAGACAAAGUUAAUAAAGCUGCAAAGCACUUGAAGACACUCCGCCACCCUUGCUUGCUAAGAUUUUUAUCUUGUACUGUGGAAGCCAAUGGCAUUCAUCUUGUCACUGAGCGAGUGCAGCCUCUGGAAGUGGCUUUGGAAACACUGUCUUCUGCAGAGGUCUGUGCUGGGAUCUAUGACAUAUUGCUGGCUCUUAUCUUCCUUCAUGACAGAGGAAACCUAACACACAACAAUGUCUGCUUGUCAUCUGUGUUUGUGAGUGAAGAUGGGCACUGGAAGCUAGGAGGCAUGGAAACUGUCUGUAAAGUUCCUGAGGCCACACCAGAGUUUCUGAGGAGUAUUCAGUCAGUAAGAGAUCCAGCAUCUAUUCCUCCUGAAGAGAUGUCACCAGAAUUCACAGCUCUGCCAGAGUCCCAUGGACAUGCCCGGGAUGCCUAUUCCUUUGGAACAUUGGUGGGAAGUUUACUCACAGUCUUAAGUGAACAGGUUUCAGCGGAUGUUCUGUCCAGCUUUCAACAGACCUUGCACUCAACUUUGCUAAAUCCCAUUCCAAACUGUCGGCCAGCGCUCUGCACCUUACUGUCCCACGACUUCUUCAGAAAUGAUUUUCUAGAAAUAGUGAAUUUCUUGAAAAGUUUAACACUGAAGAGUGAAGAGGAAAAAACUGAAUUUUUCAAAUUUCUGCUGGACAGAGUCAGCUGCUUGUCAGAGGAGUUAAUAGCCUCAAGGUUGGUGCCUCUUCUGCUUAAUCAGUUGGUGUUUGCAGAACCAGUAGCUGUUAAGAGUUUUCUUCCUCAUCUGCUUGGCCCCAAAAAAGAUAAAGUACAAGGCGAAACCCCUUGCCUGCUGUCACUGGCCCUGUUCCAGUCUCGAGUGAUCCCCGUGCUUCUGCAGCUGUUUGAGGUUCACGAGGAGCACGUGCGGAUGGUGCUGCUGUCUCACAUUGAGGCUUACGUAGAGCACUUCACUCCGGAGCAGCUGAAGAAAGUCAUCUUGCCACAGGUAUUACUGGGCCUGCGGGAUACCAGUGAUUCCAUUGUGGCGAUUACUCUCCAUAGCCUGGCAGUGCUGGUCUCUCUACUUGGACCAGAUGUAGUUGUGGGAGGAGAAAGAACCAAGAUCUUCAAACGUACUGCCCCAAGUUUUACUAAAACUACUGACUUUUCCCCAGAAGAUUCUCCCAUGCACGUCGUCUGCAGCCAGCACAGUCAGCUCUCGCCAGUCUUGGAGAACCCCUCCUCUAGCAUAUUCCCUAAAUAUUUCUUUUCUGGCAACAUGCCCAUCAGCAGCAAGAAGCACAUACAGCAAGAUUACUACAAUACUCUUUUACAGAAAGGUAAUCAGUUUUCUCAGCCUAUAAAAUUGGCCAUGAAUGGAAUCUCAGAUGUGAAAAAUAAUUCAGAACACAGUGAAAACUUCCCAUCAAGUUCCAAAAAGUCUGAAGAGUGGCCUGACUGGAGCGAGCCUGAGGAGCCUGAAAACAAGACUGUCAACAUACAGAUUUGGCCUAGAGAGCCAUGCAAUGCUGCCGAGUCCCCGAUUACUGCUAAGGAGGAGUCUUGGGAUGACAUUGAGCCCAGCAACUUAGAUACUAAAAUGAACCUUAGAGGUGGAAUCCCUGCUACAAGACCUGUUACCUCAGGGGAGCCAAAGCCCAUUCCUUCUUUGUUUCCGCUCAUUGAAGAGUCUAGGCCUUUGAAAUCAGGCCUGUCCCCAAAGACCAGUCUUGUACAAAGCCAGGAUGAUCCAAACCACAUCAAGCCACCAAAAGUGUCAUCCCAAGAAAGGCCGCUUAAAAUUCCAUCAGAACUUGGUUUAGGAGAGGAGUUUACCAUUCAGGUAAAAAAGAAGCCAGUACAAGAUCCUGAGUUGGACUGGUUUGCUGAUAUGGUCCCAGAGAUUAAACCUUCAGCUGCUUUUCUUAUUUUACCUGAAUUACGGACAGAAAUGAUGGUUCCCAACAAGGAGGAUAUCUCACCAAGGAUGCAGUUUUCCUCAAAAUUUGCUGCAGCAGAAAUUAUUGAGGGAGAAGCUAGUGGCUGGGGAGAAGAAGGGGAGCUGAACUGGGAAGAUAAUAACUGGUGACAACGGGUAUGAAUAAACUUUAAGGGAAAAAAAAAUCUUUUUUUUUUUUCUUUAAUCAAAUUAAUACCUCAAAAGCAGGCUCCAAGGACAAGAAAACCCAAAGCAGCCUGUUUUUCCCAUACCAGGGGCUCUUUUCCCAUUUGUGCCAAGUAAAAUAGGAGACCUCAAGUGCUGGCUAGAAGCCCUGGGAGGCGAGGAGGCAUCAGGACUGCUCAGUGCUGGGUUCCAGGAGGAAGAGCCUGAGUGCAUUUGACUGAGGCCAGUUUCUGUGAAGAGCAAGUGGCUGUGGGAAGGUUGAAUUUACUGCUUUUUCCAGAACAAUUCUGGAAGUAAAGAAAAUAAAUAUAAAAUUUCAAGCUGGUUAGCUUAAUUUCGUGCCAUUUCUUUAACAAAAGAGUAAGCUCUAUUAUGAAGUAUGAUGUACUAAAAAAAAUGUUAGCUAUAAAGUAUAUAUAUGAUUUUAAACUACUAAGGUUUCCUUAGGCAGCUUAUUUAUUUGUUUACAACUGUACUGAGUGAAUGGUCCUGUGUGGACCUGGGCUGUUACUGACCGUUCCACUUCUAUUACGUUGUACCAAAGUUCUUAAUGAGAAACAUCCCCAACUAUCCUAUCCUGUUCUCUGAAAUGUCCAAUAAAGACUAUUUUCACUAGAUUCAACUUUACAAAA